UUCAUGCAUAGGUUCCAGUUCUAAAAUGAGGGCUAGACUUGGUGGGCUUGCUCUUGCAUGCGAAAUGCUGGGCAGGUUCUGCAGGCCGUGGUCAUGUCCUCGACUACUCGUUAAUUCUCCGUACAAAUUUUGCAUCACGGUGCUGGAUAUACCCGGCUUUCACAAUGGGAUGGCGUUGGAGGAGUCAUGAUUCGUUGCGGCACGGUUUUUCCUGUUUCUUUGCUUGCGCUAUUGCUGUGUUUGUGCUUUCGGAUGGCCGAGAGCUGGAGUUGUAAUGACAAUCUUGGGGUUUGCCGCUGCCCUCGACAGACUCCGUUGUUAUAUUUUGAUUUCUUCAUUCCUUGGUGCGGCUACUGCCAGCAACAGGUUGAGCAUGUAUUUCUUUGCGUCCGUGGAGAUAUGGCGGAUGCUUGGGCGCAGUACAGGACGCUAAGUUGGCAUCGAUGAUGCGUGUGAUACAAUAUUAGAUGGAUAAGAAUA